ACAAAACCAACCCUCGGCCGGACAACACGCCCACUCGGGAGGGGGAGAAGGCUUGGAAGCCCUGACACUCGGUUUUGUGUGGAGAGCGGGGAGAGAUGGCGCAUGGUGGAGGCCGAGGUAGGGGCAUGACCCUGCCGGCAUGGAUGACAAAGGAGGGCGGGGAGCAGCCGGUGGUGGCCCAAGCACCUCCACCGCCUCCUGGUGGGCUGAACGGCAACGGGAACGGCUACCCCAUGGCCCCGGCACAGGGUCAGUUCGCCGACCCCCCGCCGCCGCCACAGCAGCCGCCGCAGCCGAUGUAUGCGGCAGUGCCGCCGCAGCAGGCCCCGCCGCCGAUGCCCAUGCAGCCCCCUCCCCCAGACCAGCGCGACAGGGACGGGAGGGACAGUCGGCGGAGAAGGUCGCCUUCCCCUCGGCGAGACCACAGAGACAGGGACAGCAGGCGUAGGGGCGGCAGCCGCAGCCCUCCCAGAGGGGGCGGCGGAGGUGGCUACGGGCGUAGCGGGGGCUACGGCGGUGACCGUGAUCGAGGCGGUGGCUACGGGCGCGGAGGGCGCGGCGGAGGAGGAGGGAUCGGCGGCGGCGGGGGCGGGGGGCGGUUCGAGAACCCUCGCAACGAGGCGCUGAACGACCGGGACCGAAUCGAGCGGCGGCGCAAGCGGAGGGCGUUACGGCCCUCCAACUUCGACGUGAAGCCGGACGACCCGACGGCUGUGGCGUUGCUGGAGGCCAGCGCGCAGCAGAUGCUGGUGUCGAGGGGAAGCGGCGUGAUGCAGUCGGCGGCGCCGCAGCUGAUGGCACGGCUGCCGGGGGCAAGCAACCAGCAGACCCGGCACGCCCGGCGGCUGUACAUCGGCGGGUGCCCCAAGACGACGGAGGAGGAAAUGUCCAGCUUCUUCAACGAGGUCAUCAACCGCGCCCUCGAGUACCCGAUCGAUGGGGGCGCCGUGGCUUCCGUCUACGUGUCUCAGGAGAAGGUGGGGGCGUUUGCCUUCCUGGAGCUCAAGACGAUGGAGCUGGCGACGGCUGUCCUGGAGCUGGACGGGAUCGUGUACAAGGAGACGCAGCUCAAGAUGCGCCGCCCCAGCGACUACAACCCACAGCUUGUCCCCGCGGCGUCUGGGCCAAUCCCCAAGCUCAACCUUUCGGUUCUGGGUAUCAUCUCCAGCACAGUCCCCGACAGCGACAACAAGGUCUUCAUUGGGGGACUUCCUUACAACCUCACGGAGGACCAGGUGCGCGAGUUGCUGAGUGCGUUCGGGCCUCUCAAGUCUUUCCACCUCGUCAGGGACCCUGGCUCGCCCACGUCGAAGGGCUACGGGUUCUGCGAGUACCUGAAUGCGGGGGUGACCGCCAUCGCCUGCGAGGGUCUCCAUGGAAUGACGCUCGGUGAUAAGACGCUCACGCAGCAACAGCAGCAGCAACACUACCAACAACAGGCCAUGCCUGGCAUGCAGAUGGGCGGAGGACAACAGAUGGGGCUCACGGCUCCGCCGACUCAGCAAGAACAAAUGCAGUUGGCACAGGCUAUGGCCGCUCUGGACCCCAACGCCUCGCAGGCCGCUAUGGCCUCCUUGGCACAGGGCGGCGCUGGCGCCGUUCCCUCUGCCGCGGCGGAGUCUGCGGUCGCUGCCAAUUUGAUCCGCGCCAUCCCGCCAACCCGAGUGUUGGUGAUGCUCAACAUGGUGACCGAGGCAGAGCUGAGGGACCCUCAAGAGUACGAGGACAUCGUGGACGACAUCCAGCAGGAGUGCUCAUCUCACGGCACCGUGCUGUCGAUCAUCGUGCCUCGCCCUGGAGAGGCAGACGCCAGCCGUGCUGUAGGCAAAGUGUUUGUCGAGUACGACACCAAGGACAGCGCGCAGAAGGCCGCUCUCUCGCUCGCCGGUAGGCAGUUCGGCGCGAACAUCGUCAAGGUGGAAUACUUGAACGAGGAGAAAUUCGCCCGCAGGGAGUUUGAGUAAAACACGGAGGAUAUAUGUCCGCAGGGUCAAGGGAUGAUGCGGACGACGUUCUCAACCGCCGAACGAGUUUGCGCUUGGUUUGAGGUUUAGGUCUUGGGAGGUCUCGGUGCCGAAGACAAAGGCUGAGAAACCGUCGCUGCCAAUCUCUGUAGUUAGUGGCUGAGACGGUUUCUGUGAUUCGCGUUAACCGGGGGUAAUGUUUUGUUUCGGUUUCGUAUCGUGUUUCGUUGUGUUUUUUUUUCAAGAAUCAAUAAUCAAUCAUAACGUCAUGCUGUCUUCUUUUUCAAGGAAGAAGUCCACCCCGUAUCCAUCCGUGGACCUUCGCUUGUUAUGAUUUUAGCGCGGUCUACGGUGACGUUGAUCCGCGUCAGGCAUGGCUGCUUUGCAAAGGGUGAUCAUCCCACCUGUUAGGAUGUAGACUACACUAAACAAGUGACGAUAAAUGAUGCGACUGGGUGGGGAAAGGGUGGGUGGGAAUGAUUGUCAGCGCUACACCAAUGACGAUCAGGGUCGAUUCGCGUCUACGUGGUUUGUUUCGGGUGGCCGACCCUCGGCGCAUGAGAUUUCCUGAGUACGUUAAUUCGGCACCAUUUUUCGGUGGCUUGUUCUUGUCUCGCCCUCCUGUAGCGUCGGUGGUACAGCCGUAGUUUCAACAAAAUCUGCCUGGCAGGAAAUCAAGGAAUGAAUGGAUCCCGAUGGGACCAAGGGGGGUUAGCGUGCCAGUUUCGUUGCAAGUAUUUAGCCAGCAGGGGAACUGGGGCAUUCAUCGACUUACUUGGCAUUGUAUCGUUUGCCAGGAGGAUGCCCAACUUUUUCGGACGAAAAUCUGAAAACUCAUACAGUAGGGGCAGCGGAAUCUACAGGCGGAACACAAUUUUUGUUUUAAGAUUUUUCGCGCCAGUCCAUGGAAGUCUGUCGGUGGUGUCGGCUUUCGCUUGCUUGCUUGCCUUCAUCGGUGACGGCCUUCAUGACUGGAAUCAAUCCGUUCGCAUAGGGUCUACGCCUCAAGGUGGCUACUGCAAGACCUAGAAAGGUGGUUAUUGUUUACUGCGUGAAGGGCCAAGUCUCUGCCAAGACUAUGUAGUGAAACCCCAGCCGUUAGGUUGGUGUGCGCAAGAUCAAAUUAGACCAAAGCGU